AUGAUAAAUCAAAAAAAUCCGUUAGAUUUUCAAAAAAGACAGAGGCAUUUUAGUGCAAUCCCUUCUACAAGAAACAUAUUUUCUGAUAAUUUUAUCAUUACUCCACUCGAAAACUUUAACAAAACCCCAAAUAUCCCUUUAAGCGGGACUGGGAUCCUAACCCAAAAUAAAAACAUUUUUACAAAAAUCGAGCCAAAAUUCGAUAUAAACUGCACACUUAGAGCAAGAACUCCAAUAGUCCAUACAAUAACAAGAAGUUUUACAAUUGACACAUCCAAAGAUUCUUUAUUAUACAGAGGAUCAAUAGAUUCCUAUUCCUUUGGCUGCACUCUUGGUUCAGGAGCUUCAGCCGUAGUAAAAGAAGCUAUAUUCCGUCCAACUAGGAAAAAAUAUGCAAUAAAAACAUAUGAAAAAUCAAAGUUGCUUGACCCUCAAAAGAAACGAAAUCUUACUCGUGAAAUAAAAAUUAUGAAAAAAUAGGCUGGAUUUCUGUUCUUCAUUAAUUUUCUAAAAAUUUUAAUAGACAUUUAUCUACAAAAAUCCUAAAUUCUAAUAAUUUUUUGAGAGAGUCCAAAAAAAUUAGAUCAUCAGAAUAUAGUAAAUUUUCAUGAGGCUAUUGAUACAACGAAGCAUAUACAUAUUGCGAUGGAAUAUGUGAAUGGAUACUCGCUGCACAGCUAUAUUAAAAGAAGACCUAAUAGGAUUCUCCCUGAAAGCGAAGCGAGGAGAAUUUUCAGUCAGGUAAUUUCUGCGAUAGAAUAUUGCCAUAAUAUGUGUAUCACACAUAGAGACAUCAAGCUGGAGAAUAUCUUGCUUGAUGACCAUUUAAAUGUAAAAAUCAUUGACUUUGGCUUUUCAACCUUAGUCCCUAACGACAAACUAAUAAAAAUUUUCUGUGGAACUCCUUCAUAUAUGGCUCCAGAAAUCGUCUCAAAAAGAGAAUAUCUGGGAUGGGCAGCUGAUAUUUGGGCAUUAGGAGUUUUACUCUAUGUUCUUCUCACAGGAACUUAUCCAUUUAAAGGUCAAACAGAUAGAGAAGUCUACAAAAAAAUAAUCGAAGGAUAUUUUGAGAUUCCUCGUCACGUUACACCACCAGCAAGACUGCUUAUUAAAAGGAUGAUGCAAAAAGAUUUCAAUAAAAGGACUUUAUUAUUAUACAUAUAAAUAAUUAAUUAAAUUUUCUUGACAUUGUACAAGAUUUUAUCACGCCAGAUAUUUGCUUUGAAAAACAUUAAUUUUUCCAGUCUCAAGAGAAAAUUACCCAAAAAAAUGCAUGGAAAAAUCUUCAACCCAAGACCAAUAAAAGACCUCAUUGUUCCCAAAUUAAAGAAGAUCCAUGGAUGCACCCAGAAAUCUUACUCCUCCCCCCUCCGUGAGUGAACAAAAUCAUUAGAAAAAUCGCUAUUUUUUGCCCAAAAACCCACCCUCCGUGAGUGAACAAAAAUUUUUUUUUAUAGAAAAAUUUUUUUAUGGAAAAAAAUUUUGAUAUAUUAAUGAUGAUUAGUAUAAUGAAAUCUAGAGCUAAUUCUGUUUAAUUUUAGACGAAUUGCUUUUUAAAACAUAAAUUUUAUAAAUUAAAUUAAUAUUGCUUUCCAAUUUUUGCGAAUUAGGAUUUUUUUAAAUUUCGAAAAAAAUAUUUUUUAUAAAAUUUAUAUAUAAAUUUUUUUAAAAAAAAAAAAAUUAACCCCCUCCGUGAGUGAACAAAAUUUUUUUGUUCACUCACGGAGAGGAGGGGGAGUUAGGGGUAUCUAAAGAAAGUAUUGAAAAUAUUGUCGAUUUUAAAGAAAAAAGAAAGAUCGCAAGAGAUGACAAAGAGAAUUUGUAA